AUGGCAGAUACGACUACAACUGUUGCAACAGAUAAGACAACAAUGACAACGACUCAAGUUGAUUUGGCAUCGGUCAUGCAAAAGGCCGAAACUACUGAAACAUUUACAGAAAAAAUAGCUGCAGGCACCCAAUAUGAUUUAACCAUAGCUGACACUUCUGCCUUCACAGAGCAUAAGCCAGAAGAUCCAACAGCAGUACACACCGUAACAAAUGUGAUAAUAACAAACGUCCCAGAACUUCGAGAAGAAUUAACUUCAGUCAGAACUUCCUAUCUUGAAUUUUCCAAUGCGUCUCAACCCGUGACAAAAGAAACAACGUUUGCUUCACAACCGCAAAAGACUGUCUCGUCAACGGAAAUAACAGUCGUACAAACACCAGGGGCAGGAACAAGCAAAUCUGAACAUUCAACCUUUAGUACAGCAAGCACAUCAGAGACUUCAAUUGCAAUCGAUGCUAAAUCAACGACUGGAACUAGCACAUACUCAACGGCGAAUUUUCCAAAAACAAGUCAACCGGAAAGAGCCUCAUUGAAAAUAACAUCAGCUACCGAACCAGAGACAGCGAUUAUUCAGGAAGCAUCUUCAAUAAUUAAAACAACAGCUCCUACGUUUAGACCAACUGAAACAACUCCCGGUUUUGUAACAAAGCUCAAGAUCAAUCAUACACAGACAACAAAUGCUUUAAAAACUGACACCACCUUAAAAAAAGAGGAGUACGAACAAACGGUGACAAGUUUAUCAUUGAAAACAACACCACAAACAGAAGGAAAGAAGUUGAAUUCAAAUAUAGAAACAACAUCUUCAGGUAUUAUAACCAACCAAACAUCUGAUUUGAUUAGAUCGGGACCAGUCCUGUCCAGUAUGCUUUCAACAAUUCAGCAACGUGACAAUUCAGUUGCAGAAACGACUACAACUGAGCAUAAGCCAGAAAAAUCAACAGCAGUGAACACCGCACCAAAUGUUAAAAUAACAAACGUCCCAGAACCUCCGAGAGAAUUUACUUCAGUCAGAACUCCCUAUCUUGAAUUUUCCAAUGCGUCCCAACCUGUGACAAAAGAAACAACGUUCGCUCCACAACCGCAAAAGACUGCCUCGUCAACGGAGAUAACAGUCGUACAAACACCAGGGGCAGUAACAAGCAAAUCUGAACAUUCAACAUUCAGUACAUCAAGCACAUCAGAUAUUUCAAUUGCAAUCGACGCUAAAGUAACGACUGGAGUACGAACAAACGGCGACAAGUUUAUCAUUGACAACAACACCACAAACAGAAGGAAAAAGUUGACAUCAAACAUAGAAACAACAUCUUCAAGUAUUAUAAUCAACCAAACAUCUGAUUUGAUUAGAUCGAGUCCAGUACUGCCCAGUAUACGUUCAACAAUUCAGCACCGUGACAAUUCAGUGGCAGAUACGACUACAACUGGCACCCAAUAUGACUUAACCAUAGCUGACACCUCAGCCUACACAGAGCAUAAGCCAGAAGAACCAACAGCAGUAAACACCGUAUCAAAUGUUAAAAUAACAAACGUCUCAGAACCUCAAGAAGAAUUAAAUUCAGUCAGAACUUCCUAUCUUGAAUUUUUUAAUGCGUCUCAACCUGUGACAAAAGAAACAACGUUCGCUUCAAAGCCGCAAAAGACUGCCUCGUCAACAGAAAUAACAGUCGUACAAACACCAGGGGCAGUAACAAGCAAAUCUGAACUAUUAACAUUUAGUACAGCAAGCACAUCAGUGACUUCAAUUGCAACCGAUGAUAAAGCAACUACGAAUGCAGUAGACAAGUCGACAGAUGUUGGUUUUAUUUAUCGAACAUCGGGGAUCAUUAUUAAUCAUACAUCAAAUUUUAUUGACAAGUCAACUAAGCCGCUUGUGUCAGCCACCACUAAUACGGACUCUAAUUCGACUGCGACUGUUUCAAUUACAUCAGGUACGUCUACGAAAGAAACACAUCAAACAGGUUCUAAUACAGAUUCAGACAUAGCAACAAGGCCGAGCACAAAUAUUUCACCGCAAACUACAUUCAUUGUGAGAACUAGCGAACUAACAGAAGAACCAGAUAGCAAAAGUACUAAAGCCGAAUCAACCGCCACAGCUGAGACGACCGCAUCUAUAACAAAUGAAAAUUUAGCGACAAUAGCAAAGAAUACAGAGUCGACCACAAUUACAAAAACAGAAAUACCAAUUUCCACAUCAAUUGUUACAAACACAAACUCUUCAUUUGUCAAUCGAUGUCUUGAAGUAACAGUCAACAGAUUCUUAAAUAAUGAAACAAUCACAAUUACGUUCCCUACCACUUCUUCGUCGGAAUAUGCAUCAUCCGUUCAAAAGUGUUCAAACGGUAAAAAUCGACCACAAGCGAUGAGAUAUUGCCAAAGAAAUAGCACUUGGGGGCAACUGUAUUUUCAGUCCUGCACCGACAACAACACCGAACUCCUUUCAUCUUUGAAUGUAACAUCAUCCUCUGCAAAUAGUGUUCUUGUAGUGUUAAGUUUCGUCACUUCCGAUACAAAGCUAACUGGGAGCGAAGCACAGACGGUGACAAAAUUGUUGGAAACAAUUGGAAACACAUUGCCAAAUAAAGUUUUUUCCUCGACGGCAGAUUUGUUUCUAGAUACUGCAAACAAGGCCAUAAACCACCAAAGUAGCAUUUUAAUGAGUGAAACCAGAAAAAACAAUAAGUUGGCAUUAGCAAAAAUUAUUAAUAGACAUGCCCUGAAACAAGAUAUUACAAAUGGAGGAUAUAUCAACGACAAAUCUAACUUUUAUAUGAAUGUUAUGCAAAUACCCGAAAACACAACAGCAGGGUUUACCUUUCGACAAGAUGACACACCUGUGAAAUCAGACGAAUAUUACGGCCUUGUUGUAAACAUUCCCCAACAAGCUCUUGAUGCGCAGGGGAAUGGUUUGAAUUCAAAAAUAGCCGUCAUAGUUUUUAAAGACGGCAACCUUUUCCCAUCUGCCAGUGGUUCUGAUCUAGUUGGACACAUAAUCACGAUUGAGAUUGGUGAUUCAGAUGGAGAAGUCAAUAUAACGAACUUAAAUUCUCCUAUAAAAAUUGAGCUAAACUACGCUCGAUACACUACUUCACUGCGAAAUGUAUACAGGCAGGCUGAUCGAAAAGUGGAUUUGCGCGCCUCCUGUGUGUUCUACGACUAUGCCGUUAACGACUGGUCAUCCAACGGAGGGACCUCCAGUUCUGCUGCCAAUUCAGAUGUAACAUGUAACUGGAAUCAUGCAACCAGUUUCGGAGUUCAGCUCGAUCCUAAAUUCAUCGAUUACAAACCACAUUUAAUGUUGAUGGUAGGGAGUGGAAUAACGACAAUUGCACUAUUUGUUGUUGUUUUCAUAUACUUGUUCUUCUGGCGACUCAGGGAGGAUCCAAUCGAUGUAAUAACAUUGAAUUUGUCACUAACGCUGAGCUUGGCAUUUCUCACUUAUCUUUGUUCUGGAGUGCUGUGGGGUACUUUAGAGCGCCCGAGUUGCCUGGCGCUCAGCGCGUUUCAUCAUUUCUUUUUACUGAGCUCGUUUAUAUGGAUGAUGACCAUGUCACUUGUAGCUGAUCGUUGUAUCUUCAAUCCUAAAAAAUGGGUACUUCGGAUUGCAUUAGCGGAUGAAACUCUCACUAACAAAAUGAUUAUGAAGUUAUGCAUCGUUACUUACGCUAUAUCAAUAUGCAUCUUUUCUCUUACGGCAGCCAUAACGAUGGGAAUUUUUGAAGGUGAAACAUCUUCAGUGAAUGGUGUGGCGGUUAUUCAUCCAGAUGCAUACACCGAAGUGAACUUUUGUACAGUAAAGGAUUGGGCUAUGCUCUGUGGAUUAGCACUACCAGCCGGCAUUUGCCUGUUGUUAUCAAUCAUUGUAGAUGUACGCAUUGUAAAAGCAUUGCACUUCAAUCAUGAUCGCACAAAGAAUAAGUUUCAUGGAUAUCAGACACAUUAUCAGAUCGCUCGUGAAUUAGCAGAAAGGGCAUUUUUCGUUCCAGUUGUUAUGACCAUAAUCUGGUCCUUACAAUUUUGCCGUGUAUCCAUCGAUGAUCUCGAUGAAUCUGUGUAUUAUAUUUUGGAUAUUGCAUUUGGAAUUCUAUGCCUAAUUUUUACGACAUGUAUAGUAAUUCUGUUUUUGCUUCGACCGACACAUGUUAGAGGAAUAUUACGCAAAAUAGCCAUCCGAAGUUGUUGUGGUUCUCACGGAUUGUAUUAUCUUGAUCACGAAGGAAAGUCGAACUUUGAACAUGUGCCAGGACCUGAACCGGAUCAACUGGCGAAUACGGUUCAUUUACCUUAUGGUAUGACAGUCACACCAGCAGCUGAUGAUCCCAGACCGUCUUUUUCGAGAAUUGGGUUCCGAGAGGACGCAUCAAGCGGCGGAGCUGGAAUAAGAGUAAAGCGUUGGAGAGCCAGUGACGCUGUCGCGCAAACAGAUUAUGUUCUUACUGGAGGUAGAAUGGGGUUGAAGGGAUUCAAACAAAUCAAUGAUAUACAGCUUUCAACUCUUCAUUUUGAUGACAACAACAUAGAAGAAUCUGACGCAAAAAUUGACGGAAUGGGUGUCGUUGAAAUCAAUGACGCAAUGAAGGAAACUGUUGUGACGCAUCCAGAAGAACCAGUUUAUUCAAAAGUUAAUAAAAAAUCGAAUAGGAAGUCUACAAAACUAUCUAUAGAUGUAGAAGUCGAUGAUUCUUUUACCCUCGAAAAGGAGUUAAGGUCGGAAAAAAGUGCAAAUGGUCGUAUCGAAGACAAUCAAGAAUACAAUUACAAUGCUAAUGACGUUAGGCGCGAAAUCGAAUCUACUACAUCGGAUAACUCGUCAGUCGGUGGUUUUCCACGGAGAACACUGAGUUCUGAUCGCAAUUCAGAUACUAGUCUGAAUGUUGUUGUAAGAAAAUAUUUAGAUUGAUUCGAAAUAUGUAAAGCUUGAUGGCGGCUUAUAUAACCAAUCGUACAAAAUACUGAUACAACGUGUACAAAUCAUGCUGUAGGCGGUAAAAUGUAAGAUAUGUGAGAAUAUUUGUUACUUUAUGUUUCUGAUUUGAAAAAAUCAACAUGUAUAUAUGAUACGAAGCAGUUGCGACACAAUCUUUCGAUAGUUAAUGUACAAAUAGAUGAGGCGUAGAUUUCCCUGUGAAUUAUGAUUGCUUGUCUGUGUUAUGCAUUUGCAGCGACCCCUAAGUACAAUCUCGUGACGCCCGCUGAUUGGCUCGCAUCCUAUACAUUCAAUAUCCUAAUUUUAUUUUAAAUUCGAUACUAAUGCAUAUGUUAUUUUAACAUAUUACCAGACUUGUCCAUGGGACUUAUUUUUCUGUCCCAUUCCCAUCCCAUAGCAACUAUGCCUGUCCAAUCCCAUCCCAUGGGAUUCCCAUUGGAAUAAAAUUAUUAAAUUUAGGUUUAGCGUCUA